UGCUAGUCUCAUAGAGCCAAUCGCCAAAUUUAAAAAAAUCAAAAUGAAAUUCGUCAUUGUUUUCGUUGCACUCUUCGCUGUAGCCUUCGCAGCCCCAGCUGAUUCUGACGCCCAGACCCUCCGUUUCGAUUCGGACGUGCUACCCAGCUCCUUCAACUAUGCCUAUGAGACCAGCAACGGUAUCAAGGAGGACGCUCAAGGUGAAUUGCACAACGAAGGUUCCGAAAACGAGGCUAUCGCUGUCCGUGGCUCAUACUCCUUCGUCGCUGAUGAUGGUCAGACCUACGUUGUCAACUAUGUUGCCGAUGAGAACGGUUUCCAACCACAAGGCGCUCAUUUGCCCGUUGCCCCAGAAGCUUAAGUUGCUGAAUACUUAAUUAAUUUUUUUUUUAGUUUUUUUUUUUCAAAUUAACAAUUCCGUAAAAAUUCCCUUAAAAGAAAAUUUUUGUUUGUCCCCUCCUUUAAAUCCUGAUCCUAGUCGUCCUACCUCUAACAGCUGCCCUGAUUGCUACUAACAUGGUGUUGUUAUUGUUAAACGGUGUGAGAUCAGUGUGAUCAGUUGUUAGUCCUUAGUGUAAGCUACCAAAACAAAAACAAAAAACAAGAGUAAAGAAAACCGUUACAUAAAAAA